ACUGUAACUGGAUCUCGGAUAUCCAAGACGUGCUCCGUCUCUCACGCCAAGCGGUCACGUGACUUAUAACAUAAAACAUCCGAUUUUGAAUGAAUGACUUAUACGGACUGCUCUGAUCCCUAACAACGACGCCUGGCGGAAGAUUGAAAAUUAGAAAUGAGUAAAGGAGAAUACCAACCCCAAACAUCCCACUAAAGCAUGGGCAUCAUUCUUGGAGGAUGCAGACAGGAAAGUGGUCACAUGUGCGUUUGAAGGAAUCAAUUACUGACGAGAGUAUUUAUAAAGUUGCAGGUGACACGGAUUGAGAGCUGCGAGGCCUUUGGACAGUCACGGCUAGCAAGUGGAUAGGGAGUCAAUAGUUUAUCGCCUUCUACAUCAGCAGAGUGUGUCAAUAUGGAAAUUAAAACAUAAAUAAUACAUGUUAACUGUGUUCCCAGUAUCUUGUACUUAGAACAGACAAGUCCUGAGGUUUUCUUUUAAUUCGUGAACAAAUGAUCGGAGCUAAUUACAAUGGAUCAAGAUACGAACCAACACGUGCUCGUCCAUUCAAUGGAAUCGGAAUUUGCUGACGAGAGUCUGUGUGAGAAUUAUUCCCAGUCCGACGUAGAAGACACUUUAACAGAUCAAGGUCAUCUUGAUAGUGGGUCAAGGUCAUCUCUUUCUGAUAUUUUCGAUAACAACGAUUUUAGAGCUAAGUCAGGCACCGACGACUCUGAGGCAACAAUCCGUGAUGCGUCCCCCGUCAGUCGCGCCCCGGGGGAGGGGGACAGAACCGACACACCUUCUGAAUCCAUCGCCACGGAGUCGGCGCUCUACGAAACGCCAUUUACUUCCGCCAGUGGUUUUGACGUUUAUCUAACGGCAUUUGAAGAGAGCAGCCAUUCCUUAGACAAGGUUCUGAAACUAGAUAGUCUCAUAGAAAUUCCGGCAACGACAUCAAGUUCUAUAAGACCCAUCAAAGAGGUCAUGGCAAAACGAGACUCCGAAUUGCCUAUCCAGAAACCGCAGUCCAAAGGCGGGAAAGGGGGCGAGAGACUUGGUUCCACCGGUAAAUGCACUCCUAAGAAAACAAUGCCUUCUCCGAAAAACGAACCUGAUACUCAAAAUGAGGAACCGAUGACAAAAUCUCCACUUGAAAACCCCAAAACCCCGAAUGGAUCCGUGAAAUCGGACCGGUCAGGGAAUUUAAAGGCCAUUUCCAAGAGCAUCAAAGGAGGAACCAAAGCCUUGCUCAUACAAAAGGCGAAGAAUAAGAUCAUUAUGUUGAGGGUUCUAAAGGAACUGAAAGGAAAGACGUCAUUCCGUCCUAUAGCCGAGGAGAGCGACAGGCCUGACACAGCCCCAGAGAAGAAGUCCCUUGUUGACAGAGACAACGAAAGUGAAGAGCAUGAAGCGUUCCAACAGCUGCAAAGUCAGGCAAAGGUCACUCGCCCGGAACCCGCCAAGUUCCUGAUCCUGCACUACUCUCCCUUCAAGGCUGUGUGGGACUGGAUCGUCUUGUUCCUUGUACUCUACACGGCAGUGUUCACGCCAUACUUUGUGGCAUUCAUUCUCAACGAAGACGAGGCCAAGAUGAGACUUCACCGAGAUUCUGCAACGAGACUUCAGCACGCCGAGACAAUAAAAACAGACCCAUUAGUUAUCAUAGACUUGAUUGUAGAUCUGAUGUUCAUAGCAGAUAUUUUAAUUAAUUUCCGGACCACGUAUCUACACAGUGGGGAGGUUGUCAUGGAUCCGCAGAAAAUAGCUAUCAACUACAUCAAAGGCUGGUUCAUUAUCGACUGUGUAGCAGCCUUGCCCUUUGACCUUUUACUGUUUGGUUCUGGGAAUAGUGAUUUAAUGACCAUUACCGGUAUCCUGAAGCUAGCCAGACUUUUACGUCUUCUGCGAGUUCUGAGGCGAAUCGAACAGUUUGCAGCAUAUGGGGCGGCAGUGCUGAUGCUUCUGAUGGUUUCCUUCACUCUGAUUGGUCAUUGGCUGGCUUGUAUUUUCUACGCCAUUGCCUAUAUGGAACGUCCUCAUCUCCCUCAACCAAUCGGAUGGCUCGAUACUUUGGCGGAUAAAUAUGACAUGCCCUACCUUGCAAACGAUACGAUGAGUGGUCCUCCAAUCAGAACCCGCUAUAUAACGGCCCUGUACUUCACGUUCACAAGCCUCACGAGUAUAGGCUUUGGGAAUGUGGCGCCAAACACUAAUGCCGAGAAAAUCUUCAGUAUUUUUGCCAUGCUACUAGGAUCCUUGUUGAGUGCCGCCAUUUUUGGUAACGUGUCGUCCAUCAUGCUGAGGAUGUACCAGGGCUCGGACGACUAUCAGGAGCGCGUAUCCAGCAUAAAAGAGUUCAUCAACUUUCAUCAUCUACCCAAAAACCUGGCAACCCGCCUCCAGGAGUCCUUCCAGCACGCGUGGGCGUACACUAACGGCGUGGACAUGGGCAAUGUUUUGAAGGGGUUCCCUGACUGUCUACAGUCCGACAUAUGUCUCCACCUCAACAAGAACCUGCUGACCAACUGUCAGGCCUUCAAAGGGGCAAGCCCAGGAUGUUUACGUUCACUGUCCUUGAAAUUCAAAACUACACAUGCGCCCCCUGGCGACACGUUGAUACAUCCGGGGGACAUUCUGACUGCCAUCUACUUCAUGGCGAGGGGAUCCGUUGAAAUCAUGAAGGACGACUCCGUUAUGGCUAUAUUAGGUAAACACGACAUAUUUGGCGCCGACAUGAAGGACUCGGACACGGCGGGACAGUCCCUGUAUUUUGUACGGGCGCUGUCCUAUUGUGAUAUUAACAAGAUAGAGCUGGAUGACCUAAAGGAAGUGCUACAAACUUAUCCGGAGUUUGCGGAACAGUUUAUUAGGAAGUUCCAUGUGACUUUUGACCUUAAAAAGGGCACACUGCUGGAGAGGAAAUACAAAUCUAAGAUCGAGGACGAGACGCUGAAGUUUAUCCGUCAAAAACGUCCCAGAAUGCAAUGCAAAGGGCGCUCGAUGGAUGCUGGGCAUCGAAAGAAUUACAUGAGACAAAGAAACAGCAACGAUCCGACCGGAAGUGACGAGGAACACGUUGGGAUUCUAGAGUUUUCUACCGAGCAAGCCACUGAAAACGUCAACAUCGAGGAGAGAGAAGUACCGCCCACCAGGAAAAACUCCUCCGCCUCCGUGUCAGGUGCUAUGACGAAUUUUUUCUCUGCUGUAACGGCGGUGUCUAGAAUCAAUAAGAUUACCAAACCGAAACGCCCAGCUAUGGCAUCGAAAUCCAAAUGGGGCGCAAUAAGAUCAGAGUUCAUAUCAGAGAAGCGUACAACAGACGAUGAUGCAUAUGAUUCACGUGACUAUAAUUCACCAAUGGAUUCCACAGCUACGUCCUAUACACCGAAGUCGCUCUCCAGUUCCGGUCCUCAGUUAAUCACUGUAGACUACGACGUUUCAAAGCAACGAGAAAUGCGUGACAGUGGUCACGUGAUAAGUGAUAUCGACAGCAAGAUAACCUCCCUUCAUCAACGAAUGAAUACAUUUGAGAAUGAUCUAUUCACAACCGUGGACGCUAUUCUAGAGCUCCUUGGACAAAAGCCAAAAUACCCGCAUGUAACCCAGACAGAAGACAUUUCUAUGCAUCCGUCCGCCAAAUCUAGUGACGUCAGCAAGGUACCGAAACCAAAAGGGGCAAGGCUGAUCAAAACCGUGACUGACUUAGACCGUGUGUUUGCUAAGAUAUGAAAUAAAAUGCCAAAAUUUAA